CGCAUGCUCUUGCUAGUCUUUAUAGUAAUUGCUGCUGUAAAUACGUUUGAACAAGCUAACACUACAUCUACUUGUCUUUGUAGCAGAGACAGAGACAGAAGCAGUUGCUUAAAUGCCUUAAUCAGUAUUUUUGAUUUAUUUAUUUCUGAAGGCCAUCCGCUGAAAGCUCCGACUUAAACUAUCUUUUGCAGUUGUUGGACUACAAACGGACUGUGACGUCAUCUCCGGCAGCCGUUUGUUUGACAAACAUUCAAAACUGUUGGCGGAGAAGCUGACUGACUGCUGUGUUCACAGCAAUGGCUCCUCUCAAAUUUGUCAUUAAGUGUGGGAACUUUGCUGUGCUGGUGGAUCUCCACGUUCUGCCCUUGGGCGGCCAAGAGGACGCCAGCUGGUUUACUACAGACCACAUCGAGGAGGUUACAAACCUGGUUCGAGAUGCUGUGGACCACAGAGUUAAGCAGUACACAGAGUUUCUCCACAAUAGAAGACAGCCUAAACAGAGGAAGGAGCUGCCACCUGUUUCAGCCUUUUUUGUGAAAGGGGAAAACUUCAACCUGGUCGCCAAUUUUCUGAAGCGACACUCCAGUCUCAGAUGUAUUGUCAAGCCGGAUUUGCGUGUGUUUCCUGAACGAUAUGUUGUGUGUGUGAGCUGUCCAGAGGAUGCCUUAGCGCACCAUAGAAACCCGAGCCUGGCCGUGACUGAGCUGAGUGAACAAAGCAGAUCGGAGUAUUUUUCCAGUGUGGGAGAAACCCAAGAGCUUUUAAACAGCUCCACAAAAACAAAGAAGGCUGUGCUUCAAAAGAUAGCCAAACAAGCCAGUGUCCAGCGAGAGCACAGUGGUUCCACUAUGGGUGAGCAGCAGAUUGACCAGAGAGCCUCUCCUAAAAACUCAAGACCAGAAACAAAAGCUGGAGAGUCUGAAUUAAGCCCUACUCAAAAGCAGGAGCAGCAAGGUGAGAAUAAUCCACCAGACACCCUAAAUGGGGCCUCAGUAGGUUUCUGCCAACAUGAAAUCGCUCAGGAGACCAACAAGAACAAGAGGUGCAAGCCGAGUGAUGCUGGGGACGACCCUUACCCACAGAGGGCCAAGAGGACGUGCCUUGGACGACCUCCAACCACAAUGCAAGCUCACUCCACCGAGUGCUCCACACAAACAUCCAAGCAUGACCUUCUUCCUCUGCCGCCCUCUCCUCUACUUGAAGCCAAGGCAGAGUCCAAGGCUUUCCCUGUCUCUGAGUGCAAGAAAACCACACUGGAAGUGGAGCUGCUUACUCCAGGGAAACGGGCCCAAAGGCUCCCCUUCACAAGCAAUAACACGGCACAGACAAACCAAAACAGGCUGGCCGCAAGUCUGAGGGGCCUAUCUGUCAAGCCUGCAUCUUCAGGCUCCUCUAUUGAUUCCAGAUCCACCCUCGGAGAGGAGGGGAGUGAAAAUGUGCCCAGAACCUCUAGAUUACGACGACUGAAGAGGUCCUGAGGGGGAGAGACAAACUACAGUAAAGAUGCCUGACGCCACAGAGAUAGAGAUGAUAUUCUGUCAAGCUGCAAGUUUACCUCAUGUAGUUAGUGUGGUCUCCUCACAUGACCGGAAUUUGUGCAUGUUUCACUAUUUACUACAAUAUCUGUUCUUUUCACAUGUGCUGCACAUACAGUGCACACACACACACAUGCUGAUCAAAUGUUGUACAUAAUAUGGAAACUGAUGCAUGAGCAUUUGCCUUACACAUUGUCAAAUACUUGAAACAGAUUUUGCCUCCACCCAUAAGUAGUGGUGGUCAAGAGAGACUCUCAAAUGAAAGUCAAAAACCUUUAAUUGGAGUUUAGAUUUGGUUUUGUGUUAAAGAUUGGGGAUUUCAGACAGGCAGGAGCCAUGCAGUACGUCAUGGCUUUCAGUCUGAAAUACUGGCUCCUACGUGUCUGAAAACUGUCCAGUUUCCCUGCUGAAGCUCUGGUGUGAUUGAUUGCUGUUUCCAGAUUUAUUUCAUCACCCCUUUCUCAAAAAUAUAUUUUUGUAGCUAGAUUUCAAUUAUAUACAAUUUGCUCAAUACUUACUUGCUAAGAACCUGAAAUGUAUCUCUAAAUUGGAAGGUAUUAUGCAUUUUAUACUGAACGUGAACCAAGUAUGUGUGGGCAUGUGAGCUGUAUGGAGUUAUUAGUGGUAUUAUUUUGGAUUAGCAGGACGUCUUCAGUAUCUCAGGUUAAAAUGUUGCCGUCGCCCAAACACUUGAAAGAGCUGUUCCUAUCAUGCCACUGGCCCAGACCCAGAGAGAGCAUGGGGCAACUAGGAGCCAGCAGUCAAUCAUACCCUCAUUAAAUAAACCAAGAUGUUCUAUUUGAUGACAUAAUGUUUCCUGAAUAUAUUACUCCUGGUCACUGUUCCCUCUAAGCUGCGCGCGUGCGCAAUUGCACACUGCUGACACGGUCUCCGUGCACAGAAAAUCUGCGCUGCGCACACACACAAAAAAAAUCCAACCUAAAUUGAAAAUAAAAUAAACACGUAACAAUUCAUUCUGUGCUAUUUUUCAGUGUGUGUCAGUGAGUGACCGGUGACUGGCUGCUCCAGCCAAUGAUGCGAUUCACAUAUGUAUUUACCAUAGUCUGUAUAUAAUGGUAUUUACGCAGCUAAUCAACAUCAGGCGUCCUUAAGUGCAGCCACCGUUGUUCUCAUAGAUAUGAAUGAGUAGAUAGGACACGUCCCUUUGAGCUGCGUGCUACUGCGAGGCUAAGCUAGUGGGGGCAAAGUUUCAGUGCAUUCCGUUGAUGUAGACGGCAUGAACACGGAAACAACAAGAAUGCCGGCUCACUGUGCUGCAUACAAUUACACACUACGUCGUACGAUUGAGACAAGGAAACUUGGAAUGACUUUUCAUAGGUAAGAAUAGUUUUUGGCUCUUUUUUCAUUAUGAAAUCUUGUUGAGAGCUUCCAGGUUAUGAGAGCUAACUAGUUAGCCACUAGUAAAACACUAAGGCGAGCUAGCAGCUUGACAAGCAAUUACCAGACGAUUAAUAGUAGCUGUAGUAUAGUUGUACAAGCAGUAGUAGUAAUACUAAAAGUACAAGCAGUAGUAGUAGUAUAAACAGCUGUUAGAGUCGUAGAAGUAGUAUCAGCAUUUGUAAUAGUAUUACAAGUUGUAGUAGCAGUGCCGGUAUCAGCAGCAGUAGUUAGUGUACUACCACUACUACUAGUAGUAAUCACAUUGCUAUUACUACCACCAAUACUACCAAUAGUAGUUAUAAAGCCUAACUCAUGUAUAUCCAGAUUACCAUCUAUGUUCUUCCUCCAAACCCAUUUUAUGAUUGGGAUUACAGGCAAUUCUUUAGGACUGCUCUCAAAUAAUUGAAAUGUUACUAAACAAGGUUAUACUUAUCAAAUUAAAUAGCUCUGGUCUCCAGUAUAUUGGCGAAUUCGGUUAUUUGUACUUAAUUUAUUAGCAUGAUUUCUUUUUUAAUAUGUUGUGUACAGACUUACUUACUUCUCUGUCUACUUUUCUUACUCCAUGUAGGUUUCCCAGAGACUAUGGGUUGACGAGGAAGUGGAAGUCAGCUUAAACCUGGUGUCAUUCCAUCAGUGUUUAACUUCCCUGGCUCAUCUUGGAAGAGUACGUGCCAAAAAGACCACAACCAAGCAGCCUUGAGAUCUUAGACAGCGUCUCCCUCAGGUCCCUCUCUAUCUCCCCACACAUCCACCAACCACUGGAACACAUCUCCAAAGUUCUGCCGGGCCAGCUCAGCUUCCCCUCAGAAGAAGUGCAACCACCUGCCAGAUCAAGGAGCCUUUUGAGAGGCAGCUGACAUCGUGAUUGGACUGUACUUUGGUCUGUUCCAAUCCAGCUUCAGCUCCAGAGACGGCAGGCGGGACGAGUCAACGGAGGCCAGGUGGACGAAGGCAUGCAGCUGAGUACAAUCCAGAAAACAACAGAGGAGGAGUGCAGGGCCAGAACAACCAGAGUAGCACAUUAUGUCUCUUAGAAAACAUCAUAGUAUAGCCUUUGGGAUGAAAAAACGGCAUAAUAUACAUCGUAUAUUGUACAAAUAAGUCAAAGGAAAGAGACAUCAACUGUAGAAUUGUAGUAAUUGUGGGCUGACUGAUUUACUCAUCAGUAUUUUAUUUUUUACUGAUUUACAGUAAUAAAUACAUUUAAAAAUGGUG